GUUCGUGCCUUAAGGCUGGAACUAAAUUGAGGCACGUAACGUUAAAGAUUGAUUAAUUGCAAGGCGGGGGAGAAAUGAACAACGGCAAGGUGGGAAUAAUAUUACUGUUGUUGGUAAUGGUGGCCGGAGGAGGAGGUAUCAGGAGAGCGAAGGGGUUCGUGGGGAUAUAUUGGGGGAGAUUUUCGACGCAAAGUUUGGUGCCAUCAAUGGUGGUGGAUUUGCUUCUCCAAAAUGGGUUGACCGAUAUACGACUAUCUGCACCUUCCGUCAAUGUCAUGGAGGCCCUCCAAGGUUCUUCCUUAGGCGUCACCGUCGCCCUCCAGAACGAUUUCAUCAGACGUAUGAAAUGGAACAAUAUUAAGACCAUCAACGAUUGGGUUGCUGAACUUCUCGUCGUCCCUAUUAGGAGAGGCGUAAACAUUACGACAUUGGUGGUCUUAGAAGAUGCAUAUUCGUCGACGGGGAAGCGUCAACCCAUAUGGAACGCAACCGAUAUCUUCAGAGAGACAGUGAAUUGUCUAAAGAACAACGGGUUGUCCCACUUGAGGACGACCUCGUCCCACACCAUCGACAUCCUAAAAGUUGUCGGAAAGCCGUCGGAGGCAGACUUCAUCGACGACGUGAAGCCCAAAAUGAAGGAGUUCUUGACACUGCUCCAUCAGACCAACAACUCCUUCUACCUCUACAACCUCUACCCCCUCGUCGCCGCGGAGGUCAACAGUUGGCCCGUGGAAUUCGCCUUCAUGGACAACAACUCCUCCUUCGCAAUCGUCGACGGGUCGUACACGUACAGGAAUGCGUUCGAGUUCAUGUACGACGCGCUGGUCGUGGCGAUGGAGAAAGUGGGGUUCUCGGAUGUGGAGAUCGAGAUAGGGGAGAUCGGGUGGCCCACUGACGGCAUGAAGCACGCCACGGUGGAGAACGCAGAGCGCUUCCACCGUGGGUUCCUCAGACACAUCAAGCAGAAAAAGGGGACGCCUCGGCGGCCGAACCAAAACAUCGACGUGUUCAUUGGAACGUUGACGGACGAGAACAAAUACCCGCCAUUGAUGGGAGCGUAUUAUCGGCACAAGGGUAUAUACAAUUUUGACGGGGCGCCAAAGUAUAAGAUUGACUUCACUGGUCAAGGACGGGACAUCUACCCUUCUACCGCCAAAGGCAUGCAUAUAUAUUUAUUUGAGAAAUUUAUGUAAAUACCACUAAAACAUAAUGAUUUUC